AUACAACGGCCAUCUUCUGGUAUCAAACUAAUUCAUGCGAAUAUAUAUACCUUACCCAUCGUCUCCGACUUGCUACCGUUUGAACAUUAAUCAAAGUCGAUCAAUAAUAUCGCUCAAUAUAACGAUUGGGUAAAAUUAAUUUAAUCCAAUUUUAAAAGUCAAAACUACUGUUCACCGAUUUGAUUCAUAUUAAUAUGUUCGCUAAAUUAUUUCAAAAACCCACUCAACCUCAGCCAUCACCUUCUUCCCAGCCGGAUGUUACUCAACAUAGCAUGGCAUCUUCCGACUUGGCACCACUUGUUUCUGUUCACUAUGGCAUCCCAUCAACUGCAUCAACUCUUGCUUUUGAUCCCAUUCAAGGCCUGUUGGCAGUAGGGACUCUGGAUGGCAGGAUUAAAGUGGUCGGUGGAGACAACAUUGAAGCUCUUCUUAUCUCUCCUACAGCUUUACCCUUUAAGUACCUAGAGUUCCUGCAAAACCAAGGUUUUCUAGUGAGCGUCUCCAAUGAAAAUGAAAUUCAGGUCUGGGAUCUUGAGAUGAGGUGUAUAUCUUCUAAGAUAAAAUGGGAAUCCACUUUAACUGCAUUUUCUGUUAUCUCCGGAACCAAUUACAUAUAUCUCGGAGACGAGUAUGGCUUCCUUUCAGUUCUAAAGUAUGAUGCUGAAGAAAAAACCAUUGUUCCAUUACCAUACCACGUGCCUCCAAAUCUUGUUGCUGAAGGAUCUGGGAUUUCAUUGCCUGAUCAUCAAUCCAUUGUUGGAGUGCUCUCCCAGCCUUGUUUGUCUGGAAAUAGGGUUUUGAUUGCUUAUGAGAACGGUUUGAUUAUUCUGUGGGAUGUUACAGAAGACAAGGCCAUCCAUGUUAAAGGCUAUGGAGAUCUGCAACUCAGAGGUGGUGCAGUUGUCAAUUUUUCAGACAAUGAGAGCCACACCCAUCUGAAUGAUUCUUUAGAUAAUGAAGAAACGGAAAAGGAAGUAAGCUCUCUCUGUUGGGUGUCACCUGAUGGAUCCAUAUUAGCUGUUGGUUAUGUGGAUGGAGAUAUUUUACUAUGGAACCUAUCAUCUUCUGACAAUGAUAAAGGUCAGAAAACUCAGAAGUCACCGGAUGAUGUUGUUAAGCUACAACUGUCAUCAGGAGAUAAAAGGCUUCCUGUCAUUGUUCUCCAUUGGUCAUCCAGUAAAGCUCAUAAUGGUAAUGGAGGUCAACUCUUUGCCUAUGGUGGAGUAGAUAUUGGAGCUGAAGAAGUAUUAACGAUCCUUGACCUCGACUGGUCUUCUGGGUUAGCAAGAUUGAAGUGCAUUGACCGUGUUGACCUUACCCUCCAUGGAUCUUUUGCAGAUCUUCUUGUAAUAUCAAACAGUUAUAUGCCAGACCACAGUAAUGGGACGUCAUUAUUUGUUUUGACCAGUCCAGGGCAAUUGCAUUUCUAUGAUUAUGCUUCGCUUUCUAUGCUAAAGUCUGAGAGAGGAAAGAAUCAUUCUGUGCAUGCCUCACAGUAUAAUUCAAUCAUACCCACUGUGGAACCAUAUAUGACUGUGGGUAAGCUUUAUAUGAUGGGCUCAGAGGGGAAUAUUCUUGGUGCAAUCGCAAAGGCAGUUUCCCCUACAAAGCAGCAUUCUGAUAAAAUGCUGACUGGUGGAAGCGCAAAGUGGCCUCUGAGAGGCGGUGUUCGUUAUCAAAUGUCAAGAACUGAAAGUUAUAGUGUUGAGAGCAUUUAUAUAGGAGGAUAUCAUGAUGGAUCUGUACGAAUCUGGGAUGCCAGUUUACCUGUUCUGUCACUUGUUUCUGUUUUAGGAUGUGAGGUGAAGGGUAUUGAAGUUACUGGUGCUAGUGCUCCAAUAUCAGCAUUGGAUUUGUAUUCACCAAACUUAACCUUAGCUAUUGGCAAUGAAUCUGGUUUAAUUUUCCUUUAUCAGCUACAAGGCAACUCUAAUCAAGCAACCGUUACUGUCGUAACUGAAACAAAACAUCAAGUUCACCAUUGCCUACCUCAAGAGGGAAAUUAUUGUUCCACCAUAUAUUCCACCCUUAGUUCUCCUGUGUGUGCCUUAAAAUUUGCUACUUCUGGAGUUAGACUUGUUGCUGGAUUUGAAUGUGGACAGAUAGCAGUGCUCGAUACCAGUUCAGCUUCAGUUAUAUUUGUUACGGACUGUAUCUCUAACUCAAAGUCUCCUAUCACGUCUCUGUCUGUUAGAACGUGUCCAACUCGUCAUAACCCGGUUGAGAAAUCUGACAAUGAAACUGAAAGUACAUCUGGUCCAGAGAUUGUGUUUGUCCUGACCAGAGAUGCUCAGAUGGUCUUGAUGGAUUGUUCCACAGGCAAUAUGAUCAGUUCACAGCCAACACAUCCAAAAGAAAAAUCUAUUGCAAUAAGCAUGCAUAUACUAGACCAGCAUCAUCUUGCUGAAGGGUCCAAAAGCGUCUCUGUCACAUACUCCCAGCAUACUGAAGCUCAGAAUGAGGCUUCUGAAAUCACUCAUCAGAAUCAGAGUGGUUUACCAAAUGCGGAAGUAGUGGAGCCUAAUUUGGAGCCCAAGAUGCUGGCAUCUCUGAUACUACUUUGUUGUGAGGAAGCCUUCUACUUUUACACUUUGCAGUCUUUGAUUCAGGGGGAUAAUAACUUUGUCCACAAAAUAGAACACGGGAAACAAUGUUCCUGGACUACAGUCAUCAAGAGAGAUGCAGAAAGACAUGGACUGGUAGUAUUCUAUCAAACUGGAGAAAUUGAACUAAG